CUCCCUGGUGAAUAAAUAGAGCAAUUCUCCAUGAUCAUCUCCAGAGUGAAUUCCUUCAACUCAGCCACUUACGAGUGAAGAACAAUCAACAGCUGCUUAACAUGAAGCUGGUCGUGGUCCUCAUGCUGGCUGCCCUCCCCCUUUACUGCUAUGCAGGUUCUGGCUGCCAACUUCUGGAGGACGUAGUGGAACACACCAUCGAUCCAGAAGUGUCUGUGGAUGAAUACACAGAGUAUCUUGCCCCAUACAUCCACUCAGAAGCUACUAAAGAGGCUGUCGAAGAGUUCAAACAGUGCUUCCUCAGCCAGAGCAAUGAGACCCUGGCCAACGUUAGAGUCAUGGUGAAUAUAAUAUAUGACAGCGUGUACUGUGCUCCUUUUUAACUGUCACAAGGCCUGUUUCUCAGUGGAAUCCAGACUAUGUUCCGCAACCGUGUGCAGACUGCCAGAAACCACAACUCCAUUUCUUUUUCUCACUGUAAUCAUAAAGCUGCAAGACAAUUGUUGAAACCUGAAGUACAUUUGAUUUCAAUAAACUUCUUGCAAGGAA